UUUACUUUCAUAUGUAUGUCUGUGUGCAUAGAUCAUUCUAUCAAAAGUGUGCUUUUACACUAAAUUGUAUAAAACAUAUUGAUAGGCUUGAUUUCACGUUUCGAAAAGUUAUGUAUAUUGAAUAAUAUUUUGUGUAUUAGUGAAUAAAUAAUAAAGAUGUUUAUUUUAUAUUUAUUAAAGAAGCAAUUAUAUUCGGAAUUAAAACUUGAAGUAUUGUCAAUUUAAAUUAUUGUUGUAUCAUAAAACACUUCACUGUGUAUCAUUAUCACAUAUAUGUAUGUGUCUUUCUGACGUAUAUAAACAAAUACAAUGGUAGAAAUGAAAGGAAAAUUUGUAAAUUCAAUGGGUCCAUUUGAUAUUUGUCAAAAAUUACAUCAACAGCAAAGAACUAAACAAAAUGAUUGUGGUUUUUUAUUAGAAUGUGAAUCACAUAGUCAAAUAGUGCAUAAAUGUGUAUUACGUGCUGUCUCAACAAAAAUUGAUCAAUUCUGUAUGACAGAAGAAGAAAAUGUAGAAUGUUCAACUGAUAAUAUUAAUAUAAAUUGUUAUGAUAACAUUAAUAAUAAUAAUAAUAAUAAUAACAAUCACGUUAGUAACACAGUAAAACAAUCAAAGAAUUCAUUUUAUUUAGGUCGUAUAUCUGCGAAAACAUUGGAUACUUUUGUAAAAUAUAUUUAUCAAUCAGAGAUUACAAUUGAUGAUCUAACUGUAAUUGAAUUGUACAAUGUUGGUGUUUUAUUAAACAUACAAUUUAUUCAAGAUGCAUGUAUCAACUAUUUGAAAACAAGUUUAAAUGAGAAUAAUUGUUUAAUAUUCAUGAGACAAAAUAAUAAUGUAAAUAAUUAUGAAGUAAAUCAAUUAGCUAAUGAAUGUAUUAAACAUGCAGCAAAACAUUUUGACAAAAUGUUAGAUAAUCAUGAGACUAUGAACAUUGAACCUAAAGAACUAUUAGCAAUACUAGAACAAGAUGACUUCAAAGUUCAAGAUGAAUGGAAACUUCUGGAAUUUAUACAUAUAUGGAUUAAAAAGGAUUAUGACAAUCGUCACACAUAUAAAGAACAACUAUGUGAGCAUAUACGUUUUCAAUUGAUAGACACAAUGAAGUUACUUGAUAUAUUAGAAAAUCAAGAGAUGAAUAUAUUUCAUUCAUAUGUAAAAAACGCGCUUAUUGAUUUAGGUCAGUUAUCAAGGUCAGUAGCAAUAGCCAAAUGGAAUCGUAAAUCAAAUCAUUCUAUAGACAAAGAGUUGACGUUGACUAAUCUACCGGUAUGCGAUUUGAAUAGUGACUCGCCAAAACAAACUACAGAAAAUACAUCUUUGAUAUGCUUUGGUGGACGAUUAUGUAACAAAAGUUUCUCAUCAAAUAUAACAUGUUAUAAAAUUUUUGAAAUGAGAUCAUUUAUUAAUCAGAAUGAAAAUUUAUGCCUGGAUCCAUAUCAAAAUUAUAAUAUUGAUGAAAAUUAUGCAAAUAAUAAUUAUAUGGAAUCAUGUACAUUUCCUUAUUUAAAACAAAUAAUUUUACCAAAUUUAAAAACUAUGCCUUCUUUAAGAAAAGGUUUUGGGGCUAUCAAUUUAAAUGAUAAAAUUUAUCUUGUUGGUGGAAAACCCAAAUGUUCAAUGAAAACAUCUAAUAUUUACGAUAUUUCAUUAGGUUUAUGGUCUAGUGGACCAAAUUUAAAUAUUGGACGAAGUUGGUAUUCAAUUACGGAAUGUGAUGGUGUGAUGUAUGCUAUAGGAGGUGUCGGAGAAGACGAUCAAAAUUUAUCAUCCGUUGAGAUGUUGGACCCACGAGUAAAUAAGUGGGAAUCAUGUUCGUCAAUGUUAAGACCACGAUUUGGUUGUAGCGUUUGCUCUACCAAUAAUGAAAUUAUAGUUGUUGGUGGGGUCAGCGAUUCAACUAUCGAGAUGUAUGAUAUUACGUCAGGAAAAUGGCAGUUUUUAGCGAAAAUGACUGAAGUUCAAUCUGUUAGUCAUCUGGAUAAUUAAUGGUUUGCACAAAAGUUGUCCACUGAUGAAAUGGGUGCUUACAAAUUCAAGUAGUUGGAUGAUAAAAUCAUCAUCAAUAGAUAUGAAGUUUGUCAGGUCAUUUGAUAAGUGUCAAAGUAUUCUCUCUUAAUUCACUGAAUAACAUAUGAGAUGUUACAUUUAUUAAUCAAAAUAUGGGUAGGUAGUCAGAAAUAUACGUAUUAAAUGACUGGGUUGUAAAGAUUCCUAUGUAUUCUCACAUUUCCUCUACCUUGGUCUCCAUAAACUGAAAAAACGUGAAGCUUCAAGUGUUUUUAUUCAUAAUGAUUGUGUAUACGUAUGCGGUGGAGCUAAUGAAACUGGUUGUGUAAAUACCACAGAUAUAUUUUCGUUGAAAACUACAAUUUGGAGUAAAGGCAAACCAAUGAUUUUACAUCGGGCAUUUGCUGCUACACGUAUAUGGAAUGAUUAUAUCUUUUUAAUUGGUGGUCGUAACAAUAUGGAACCAUCAAAUUUAAUUCAAACUUACAAUUUAAAAACAAAUGAAUGGGCCGUUUUACCACAAACAUUACCAUAUCUUGUAUCAAAUUGUUGUGCUAUAACCACCAGUUUAUUAUAAAC